GACGUUCCCGGAAAAAUCGCUAACCGGAAGGGAAGGCCAGAGCCUCAGAAGAAGAAGAAGACAGCCGCCGCCGAUGAGACAGGACGAAAGAAGAACAAAGUAUUCUCCCACUGGCGAGGUCUCCUGUUCCUCUGGCUCAUCUACCUGCCUGAACUCAACUGGCCCUCUCCCCAACCCCUGCACCGAGCCCAAGCCUAAAGUCAACCAGACUUGCGCCCUCUUCUCCCAGCUUCUUCUUCUCUCUCCCGAUUUUCUACACUAUGGCAGGGCGAGGUGGACCAGCACGGACCAACGGCACUGCAGCAAGCAACAAGAUCUGCCAGUUUAAGCUUGUGCUGUUGGGGGAAUCAGCGGUGGGAAAGUCCAGCUUGGUGCUGCGCUUUGUCAAAGGCCAGUUCCACGAGUACCAGGAGAGCACCAUCGGAGCUGCCUUCCUCACCCAGACGGUAUGUUUGGAUGAUACAACAGUCAAGUUUGAAAUCUGGGACACUGCAGGACAGGAACGGUAUCACAGCUUGGCACCCAUGUACUACAGAGGAGCCCAGGCCGCCAUCGUGGUCUACGACAUCACCAACACAGAUACAUUCACACGUGCUAAGAACUGGGUAAAGGAGCUCCAGCGACAAGCCAGCCCAAAUAUUGUUAUUGCACUGGCAGGAAACAAAGCUGACCUGGCCAACAAGAGAGCCAUAGAUUUCCAGGAAGCACAGGCAUAUGCAGAUGACAACAGCUUGCUCUUCAUGGAGACUUCAGCCAAGACUGCGAUGAAUGUCAAUGAGAUUUUUAUGGCUAUCGCCAAGAAGCUUCCUAAGAGCGAGCCUCAGGGUGGAGCUGGCGCUGCUGGACGAACCAGAGGCGGCGUGGACCUGCAGGACGCGGCGCCGCAGGGCAGAAGUGGCCAGUGCUGUGGUGGCGGGAACUAACUAACUAACACGAGUCAGCUGAUCCAACCAAUCCUCAGCGUCGAUCAACCAGACCAGAUAUUAGCCAGCUGUCAAACAAUGUCCCAUUGGUCAAACGCAACCAUGGUCGGACCAAUCACCCAAUGAGCAACACAGCACCAAUUAACUGUUUGGCAAAUGAGUCCACUGGCCAGUAAACUGCCCGGCCCCUCUGACGGUUGAACCAACCAACAGACCAAGAAAUCCACCCACAGGCUUAUUUAAGAAUCCUAUUUGAACCCCAGGACUUGCCAAUCCAUGACCUCUCUAUUGAUGAUGGACACUCGACGUCACCUCAGGGGGAAAAGAAAUCGACCCCUUCAUGGAUGAAGGAAAGAAAAAGAAAAAAGAUCAGUCAUUAUCAAUGGCACUUAAAAGGGCCGCUUUGCUCAUUGUUUUUUUUUUCUCUAUUUGUGUAGAGGGGGAAAAAAAAGAAAUCAACAGGAAUUGCUCCUAAGCAGGCUCAUUGUCCUUCCUCCUCUGCCCCCUGCUUCCUCAUGCACCAUCAAUGUAUCAAGUAUUUCCAUCAUGGUCGCGUCAACACUGUUAAAACUCCAGGUGCAUGCAGCAGUCCUUCGCUUGUCUGUCUUGUUCCUGGUCAGCUUCCUGGAAAAGAUGGAGAGAGAGAGAAGGUUCGUAACAGGAGAACGGGAAUGAACAGACCUUUCCUUCUUGAUAGAGCUGUGUAGAUUGAAAUAUUACGUUGUUAUCACUAUUAUUGCUUCAACUUCUUUUGACACAGGCCGUUCAAUAGGAUUUUAAAGCCUUUAAGGUUUUACAAUCACCCAUCUAUGUUAUCAAACCAUAUACAGUAAAUAGUACUUUAAUAACAUUGUCAUCCAUAAGUAAUUUUAGCAUUAAUCCUCAUUGUACAAUGACAAAUUCAUAAAACGAGAUUAGUUUUUCUUGAAUCACAGCUGUGUGUUGACAACCUUGCUGUAUUUGUAUCAGACUUUUCAAGUUCAUAAUCAAUCAGUAGUUAUUGUCCAACAACAUCUUCCCAAUCUCUACAUGAUGUUUUGUCAACCUUAAUUAUUUUGUGAUGGAUCUUUUUUUUUUUUUAACGUCUUAAUUUUUUUUUCUUAUGAAGAUCUAUGGUAUUAAAUGCACUGGUUCUGUCUCAUCAUCUUUGUGACUUGAGAUGUUAUCGUCGGCGUUCUUUUCUCUCUCUUGGUUUUUACUCUUCAUAUCGGGAGGAAUUGCUUUAAUUCGUAAUGUCAUCGUGUUAUGGCAUCGACAACGAGCACAACAGACCUGCACAGCACCCACUGGUGGGGGGGUAAUGGGGAGGGUGGGGUCAUGGGGAGAUGAAGAAGAAGAAGAAGAAGCAAAAAUGUAAUUUUACCAAUAAACAAGGGGACGGUAUCCUUUCUGAA